AGUUAAACUAUGACAGAUAAAGAAGACGCUAGCAAAGAACCCAUAAAAGAACCAUUAGAUGACGAAGCUUUAGAGAAACCUAUGUUGCAGUGUUGAGCAUAGCGGUCUUGUUAUCAGCAGUUCCUUGGUUCGAUUCCCGGUGGGGGUCAAUUUGGGGUGUAACAAUAGCUAAAUUAGCUCAAGUCGCUAUUGCUAAAUUAGUUCAGGUUAGCAGUUGAAGAGCUUCUACGGGAAGCUGUCCAAGGUGCUGCCCGAGCAGAAAUUGUAGGCCCUUCAGGUUGGAUAAAGGCACCUCAGCAGAAAACAAACAAAAGAUUCCUAGUUAAUACCCUCAGGCAUGCAGUAACCUCCAAUAAGUACCACACUUCGCGCAACAGCCAUAGAAGCUCAUACAAUAAAUCCCCAAAAUAUGAAAGAAAAUCAGAACCCCCCAUCAAAAAAGACAGAACCAAAAGAAAAUACUAAAAUGGAAGACUAUGACAUUGAAAGUGUAAUCCAAAGAAUUUUGGACUGUAAAGAACCAUGGAAAAUUCAAGAAAAAAUGCCAUUACUAAUGGAAGAAAUAGACAAAUUAAAAGCAGAUAUGAACAUUUUUCUAGAAAACACUGUCUUUGAUAUUCCAGCUAUAUUAAGUGAAGCCACAGAUUUAUGUGAAGAAAGCAAAGAUCUUGUUAACGAAAUGCAGGCUUGCCAAGCAGAAAUUGAACAGGAAACAAUGGCAGAAAUAUUGAAAACUAUAGAAAAUCAUGAUAAAAUCGGCAAAGAAUUAGAGACGUGUAAAUUCACUUGGAACAUAACUUUUGAUGCAGUGAGAUGUGCUAAUUAUGUUAAGGCUUAUGAAGAAGGCAGAGAUUCACAUAGUUAUUCUAAGGCUGUUGAAGCUAUUUGUGACUUGUUAAACUAUUUGAAUGGCUAUGUUUCAGAAGGUUUUGAACAAUUAGACCUGUUUGUACAAGCAAAAGAUAUGGCUCGGGUGACAUUAGACAAACUAAUUCAAGAUUUAUUUGAAGAAUGGGAUAGAAUGGUCUCUUACAGUGCAAAACCAGUUAGUGGCAAUACAGUUGUAACUCUUAAUAUAACUUUGGAGGGUACUCCAAGCUGCCUUGAUCUUUUGCAUGCUCUGUGCAGAUGUCAGAAGCUUUUUGAGAAAAUUACCGAAUUUGCCAUCUUUAUUUUAAAGACGGUUUUUUCACCGGCAAUUAGAAACAAAUCAACAGUUUGUUGUGAUUCUGAGGACCUAGUUACUAUAACUAUACACCACAGCAAACCAAAAUGCAGGCCCGAUUUUAGAGAGACCAUUGCAAACAUGAAGUUGCUGUUUGAUUUCCUGAACAAUAAAUUUAGCCUUCAGUAUGCGAAUGGUCGAACAUUGAUAAGCCUCCUAGGGAAAAUACUAUGUAUUGAUUUUUGUAACUUAAUAGUUAAUGAAUGUUUUAUAUAUACAGUACCAAAUAAUAUAAACGACUUGCAAAGUUAUUAUGUAAUAACUGCAGAAAUACAAGACUUUGAACGUUUCUUAAAAAGACUAAGAGUGUUCCCGGAGGAUGAAGUAGUGCCAUUUCUCAGUUACAUGGAUGAUAUAGAUGUCCUUUUUGCAGAUAAUUCUAGUCAGCAUUAUUUAGAUACUGCUCGUGCUAUUAUGUUAAAAGAUUUGAAUGUUACAAUGUCAAUAGGACUAGAGAAAAUACCUGAAGAUACUUCAGAAAAUGCUUCCAUUGAUAUGCUAAAGUUCAUGGAGGAGGCACUCGAUAUAUUCGAAAAGACAAUACCAAAUAGUUUAUUUUAUUUCCCCCGAUGUUUAAUAUCCACUACAGCACAGGAGCUCUUGGAUUUAGUAUAUUUAAUAAUGGAGCAGGCAGUGCAGUGCUCUGAUAUUGUGUGCAAGAAGCUGUACCAUACAGUGAGAUUAAUUUUUGAGUUAUACGAUGCUGUUGUCCCAUAUCAUAAUGAGAAUUACUUGCAGACUAUCCCACACUUCGUUGCUUUAUUCCACAACAACUGCAUGUACCUGGCGCACAACCUGCAAACCCUGGGAGACAAGUGGCUUACUCUGAUGGAAGGCCGCGACCUGGAUUAUGCCAUCGGCUUCGUGGACCUGGUACAGAAGAUAAGGGAGUUGGGCUACAAGCACCUUACUAUGCACAUGCAGCAGCAAAGAAAGCAAAUACUCGAUAACAUACGAUCUUCAGAUUUAAACUGCAUCGUAGUCAGAGAUGUGCUGGGUGACAACGCGGAAGCGGCGGUGAGACAGUGUCUCAGGCAACUCUUGGCGUUGAAGAAUGUAUGGAUAGGCGUAUUUCCUUCCAACGUCUUUACAAAGUUAAUAGCAACACUGGUGAACAUGUUCGUGGACGAACUUAUACACAGAGUAUGCACAGUAGAGGAUAUUUCAAUGGAGAUGGCAACCCAGCUCACAGACAUGUACACACUUGUCGUUCAGAAAGCACCUCAACUUUUUACUACCCCAACGGAUGUGGAUAAAUACGUAAAAUCUUGGACCAAACUGCAAGAAUUAAUCUUCGUUCUCGGUGGUUCUUUAAAAGACAUUGAAAACCAUUGGAGCGACGGCAACGGACCUCUAGCCGAGCAUUUUGAGGUCGAUGAACUUAGGUGUCUCAUCAAAGCACUAUUCCAAAACACGCAGUUUCGCGCCAAUGUACUGUCAAAGAUAAAAUAAAUUCAGUUUUAUCUGUAGUCAUUAUUUAUCUACUAUUAAUAAUAAAUAUUACCUACUUUGUGUUUAAUGGU